UAGCCCAUCUAACGUCCACCGUGCGCCCAUCUCCUCGUCGGUCGUCGCUACAAACCCCUCUCUCCGGGUGGGCACAAACCCUAAACCACCCCCUCUAACAAAAACAGUCCCGCUUCCUCCCGGCCGCCGCACGAUCGAACGCAGCCAUGGGGGCGUACAAGUUCGUCUCGGAGCUAUGGAGGAGGAAGCAGUCCGACGUGAUGAGGUUCGUGCAGCGCGUGCGGUGCUGGGAGUACAGGCAGCAGCCGGCGAUCGUCCGCAUCACCAGGCCCACCCGCCCCGACAGGGCGCGCCGCCUCGGCUUCAAGGCCAAGCAGGGUUAUGUGGUUUACCGUAUCCGUGUCAGGCGUGGUGGCAGGAAGAGACCAGUGCCCAAGGGUAUUGUCUAUGGCAAGCCCAAGCACCAGGGUAUCACCCAGCUCAAGUUCCAGAGGAACAAGAGGUCCGUUGCUGAGGAAAGAGCUGGGCGCAGGUUGGGGGGUCUUAGGGUGCUCAACUCCUACUGGGUGAAUGAGGACUCAACCUACAAAUACUUUGAGGUGAUCCUUGUGGAUGUCGCCCACAAUGCUGUCCGCAACGAUCCAAGGAUCAACUGGCUCUGCAAUCCCGUGCACAAGCACCGUGAGCUCCGUGGACUCACCUCUGCGGGCAAGAAGUACCGUGGCUUGCGUGGCAAGGGUCAAAGGCACCACAAGAACAGGCCCUCACGGAGAGCCACCUGGAAGCGCAACCAAACCGUUUCCCUCCGCCGCUACCGUUAAGCUAAUGCUGUGGAUUGUUUUCAAUGUGGAAUCCUUCUCCAGACUCUCGUUUGUGCUGUCAAUUUUUUGCCUCCGCAUCAUCUUGAACAAUGCCGUGAACUUCUAAAAUUUGUCUGUGUCAUGAGACAUCAAAAGUUUAGUAAUGAAAUGCUUUGUGCCUUAGUGCCGUAUAUCUUAAUCUAUAAGUCUCACCAUUUGUCCAAAACUGUACUCCAGUGUUGUUUUUUGAAAUCCACUUGCAGUUUGCAUUCAAUUGAA